AUGGCAACCGCCAGCCGAACACUAUCGCGCGCUCUACACCACACACAAACAGCAUUCGCAUUCAGGACCACUACUCCUCGCCGCCUCGCCACAUUAGGGCCAAAGAUCAGCUCUAGGCGGAGCUACGCCAACCAGACACCAAAGCCGUCGAGCAAACGUGCACCAUUAUAUGGUGGAGCGGCGGCAGUGCUGUUGGCUGGAGCAGGAUAUUAUGCUUUCGCCUUGAAGUCGAUGAAGCUCGAUGCCAUCGAUCCUGUGAAGGUUUCCAGUGCUGCUGGGGCCACCAGUGGGCUCGGCAAACCCACGACGGAGGACUACCAGAAGGUGUAUGAUGCAAUUGCGAAGAGAUUACUGGACGAAGACGAGUACGACGAUGGCUCAUAUGGACCAGUGAUCCUACGCCUUGGCUGGCAUGCGUCCGGUACAUUCGACAAGUUGACUGGCACCGGCGGGUCAAACGGGACGACAAUGAGAUUCCCGCCGGAAGGAGAUCAUGGUGCCAACGCCGGCCUCAAAGCAGCUCGCGACUUCCUUGAGCCUGUCCAUGAGCAAUUCCCAUGGAUCACAUACUCUGAUCUUUGGACUCUUGCUUCCGUCUGCGCUAUUCAGGAGAUGGGUGGACCAGACAUCAAGUGGCGACCGGGCCGCCAAGAUCGCGACGUGAGCUAUUGUACGCCUGAUGGACGUCUGCCGGACGGAUCAAAAGGCCACGACCAUCUCCGCGGCAUUUUCGGCCGGAUGGGCUUCAACGACCAGGAAAUUGUCGCUCUGUCCGGCGCUCAUGCCAUUGAUCGCUGCCAUACCGAUCGCUCUGGCUUUGAAGGCCUUUGGACUUUCUCCCCUAUCACCAUGACGAACGAUUACUACAAGCUUCUUCUGGACGAGCAAUGGGACUACCGGAAAUGGAACGGUCCCAAGCAGCUGGAGGAUCGCACGACUAAGACUCUGAUGAUGCUGCCUACCGACCAUGCGCUCAUCAAGGACAAGGACUUUCGCACGCAUGUUGAGAGGUAUGCUAAGGAUCAAGAUGUCUUCUUACAGGAGUUCUCGGAUGUGAUCUCGACGCUAGUCGAGCUUGGCGUACCAUUCACCACGGGUGAGGAGGCAAAGAAGGUGUUCAGGAGAACGGAGUAG